CCCUACCUGAUCUUCGGCCAUGGUAAGGCCAUUCAUCGGAUGGAGCUCGAUGGGAGUAACCAAAGAAGGCUUGUGGCUGGGGUGGGAAGCUCUAUCCUGCUUGACUUCCAUUUCAGAGAGGAGAGAGUUUACUGGGCAGACAGACAUACCGGGGUCAUCUACAAAGCAUCACUGAGAGGAACACAGAGACAGAAACUGUACUCAUCUGAGAAAAGUAUCUCAGGCCUUGCAGUCGACUGGAUCUGGAACAGUGUCUACUGGACUAGUGAAGGAAAGGGCACGAUUAAGAGAAUGGAUACAAAUGGGAAAAAUGACCACACUCUUUUGAGGCACCUGAACCAACCAAGCUGUAUAGCUGUUGACCCCAGAAACAGGUUUCUAUUUUGGUUGUCUGGUGGGAUGAGUCCAAGUAUCCAGCGGUGUGAUGUAACUGGGCAGAAGACAACCACACUGAUUAAGACAGCAGAGCAACUGAAGGCACUGUCGAUUGACUGGGUGGACAAGAGACUGUUCUGGGUUCAGUUCGGACUUGAGGGACAAAGUGCCAUUGGCUCUUGUGAUUACGAUGGGAAUGUCAUAAACAUCAUAGAUCAGCCACUUCGGUCUCAGUCUUUGGGGAUAUCAGUUUUUCUGGAGCACUUAUAUUACACUGAUGGUGUAUCUCGAGCUAUAAAACAAGUCAACAAGUACACAAGUGGAGAGCCAGUGAAUGUCAACACAAAACGAAUGACAAAACCUCCAGUUGAUAUCAGGGUGGUGCAUCCCCUCAACCAGCCAUUAGCAGACCCUGUAUCACCACUUCCAGGUUGUGAUGAACAGACUGGUAACUGUGUGAAUGUGUGCUCCAGUCCAGAUGAGCAGGGGGUUUGCCAGUGCAGUCAAGGUUUUGCCCCCAGUAAGCAAGGCAAUUAUUGUGAAGAUGUAAAUGAAUGUGCCCUCUGGAACCAUGGCUGCUCUCUUGGCUGUGAAAACCUCCCAGGCUCCUAUUUCUGCACCUGCCCCAAAGGUUAUGCCCUCCUGCCAGACAGGAAAACCUGCCAAGAGAUCAUACCAUGUGAGGGCAAUAUGACUAAAUGUGGCCAUGGAUGCCUGGCCACAGAAGAGGGUGCAGUCUGUGUCUGUCCUGAGGGAUCUAUACUACAGGAAGAUGGACAAGCCUGUACUGGCUGCUCGUCUGCAGACAGAGGGAGUUGCAGUCAGCUCUGUACUCCUGUCACCCCUGGUAGAUGGCAGUGUGGCUGUCUGCCUGGCUACCUGCUCCACAAAGAUGGCAAGCACUGCACUGCCACCGGACCACCACCUUAUCUGCUAGUUGCCAAUCUCGUAGACAUACGACGGAUUCAUCUGAACGGCACUGCUGACCAAACCCUUGUGGAGGAGCCCAGAGGAACCAUCAUAGCUUUGGACUAUGAUCCAGUCCAAAAUAAAGUGUACUUUGCUAGUACAAACCUGAAAACAAUUGAACGUGUUGAUUUGAAUGGUGGCUCAAGAGAAGUUCUGGUCUCUGAGGGUUUGGACUCUCCAGAAGGACUGGCCGUUGAUUGGGUCAACCGCAGGCUGUACUGGACAGAUAAAAGCCAGUCAACUGUUGACUGCAGCGGCUUAGAUGGAUUGAACAGAGAAACUAUUGUAAGCAAAGGGCUGCAGAGACCAAGAGGAAUCACAGUUCAUCCACUGGCAAAGAAGUUGUUCUGGACUGAUAUAGGUGCGCGGCCUGUGGUGGAAAGUGCCUCUUUGGAAGGUAAAGACCGUGUGGUCAUUGCAAGCACCAACCUGGUGUCACCCAGCGGCCUGACCAUUGACUUUACAGAGGAUCGUCUGUUCUGGUGUGACCGAAGCAGAGGGCUGGUGGAGACUGCGGCCUUGGAUGGCUCAGACCGUCGAGUCCUGUUAGAGAACCAAGUAGGUCGACCUUUUGACCUUGCAGUGUUUGAGGACAGGCUGUGGAUCUCUGACUGGGAGCACCAGCACUUGAAGAGUGUACACAAGCGGACUGGGAAGAAAUUGGAACGUAUCCAUGGCAACAUGGUCCAACCAGCAUCCAUCGUGGUGGUUCAUCCCCUUGCUAAACCAGGGGCAGAUGUUUGCCUUCACCAGAACGGAGGUUGCACCCAGGUGUGUGAAAGUAAGCUGGGAUUUGCCAAUUGCUCCUGUCUAUCACACCAUAUUCUAUCAGCUGAUGGAAAAGGUUGCUUGCCUAUCAAUGACUCAAAUGGAACCACAGAAUCUGGAAACAGUGAGUCUGCAGAUAUGAUUUCUCUCAAAAACAAAACACUAAAUGAUGAGAGCACACCCAUGCCAGCUCUCUUCACAGAAAAAAUGGUUGCAGACCAGGAUGAGUGCUACUCGCUCCGCUGUGACGUAAAUGCAGAGUGCCUGCUGGGAGGUGGUAGCCCAACAUGUCGGUGUCUGGAGGGCUUCACAGGAGAUGGACAGUUGUGUGUGGACCUGGAUGAGUGUCUGCUGGGCUUGUCUCUGUGCAGCAGCCAAAGCUCAGAGUGUGUCAAUACAGUCGGUGGAUAUCACUGCCAAUGUAACCCCGGCUUCACAGGAGAAGGCCACCAUUGUACCGAUAUUGACGAGUGUAAGCUGGGGGUGCACAAAUGUGACAAAAAUGCAGACUGCCAAAAUACUUUGGGGAAGUAUCUUUGUAAGUGCCAGGCUGGAUACCAUGGCAACGGACAAACAUGUCAAGCGGUGGAGACGACCUCUCCCUGGGUGACGACCAGCACCCCCGCCAAUGUCAACACCCGUCACAACAGUAACUCAAUAGAGAGCUGCCCCUCCAGCCAUGAUUCCUACUGUCUGUAUGAGGGCAUCUGCUUCUACUUUCCUGAAAUGGAGUCUUACGCAUGCAAUUGUGCGUCAGGCUACGUGGGCGAGCGCUGUCAGUUCAGUGAUCUGGAGUGGUGGGAGCUUCAGCAGGCUGAGCAGGAGAAGAGGAGGAACGUGGUCAUUGCCGCCUGCAUGGUGCUCCUCAUAACCCUGCUCUCCAUCGCCGCCUGCAUCACUUACUGUUACGGAACUAGACGGUUCUUCCAGAAACAGCCAUCGGUGGACAACAUAAGUGAGACUAGUGUGACGGAUGAGAGCAUGUCAGAGACCACCACUGUUAGUACACCUCGGUUCUAUGUGGUGUUGGAAAAUGGAGAGGGGAAAGUCAUUCCUGCCAUGGGUUGUCCCAGGAGAGCUGUCUGUCCAUCCUGCUCCUCAGAGACAGGUGACAACCCUACAUCUGAAGAGAUGGGGACAUUGCCCAAGCACAACCAAGGGUAUGAGUGUUCCACGGUACCUGCCGUUGCCAUGGAGACUGACAAGCCCAGCAUCUAUCCCCUCAAGUCCAUCGACAACCUCAUAUUCCUGGACGACCCUCAGCCCUCGAGCCCCAAGCCCCCUGGUCCCUAGCUCGCAUGAGGCAACAGCACAUCCACACAGCCAAACACUCACAUAAUGUUGGAUGUGUGAAUUGUAUUUUAAAUGUUUCAUCCCAAAAUGAGAUAUCCAACAACAAAAAAAAUAAAUAAACCAAAAAAAAAAAAAGAUCAGAAAAAAUAGACCCAAAAUUUAAAAAAAUUGUAUACCUUUACUAUGCAAUUUAAGAAUCUGUUAACAUUCCUAAAACUACUGUUUGCUUUGUGGAGAUUUUUUGAGAUGUAAUGAUUUAAACCAUGAUGCUGUUUUUAGCACUUCACAUUAAAAGUUGUAGCUGUUCUUGAUACCAUCUAGUGGUCAGAUAAAAUCGCAUAGUGCACAGUUACGUCUACAAAAGUGAAAUAUUGAAGAAUAAACAUAAAUCUGCUUUGUGCCAACCCACAUCCAAAAACACUGCAUUUUGGUAUGAAUCCCUUCUCAUUAUUUUUAACAUUAACAUGAUGCCUUAUGAUAGCAUAUGUAAGUCUUUGUUACAAAGUUCUGUAGUCUGUGCUGUCAGUUGUUGUACAACCUCAUGCAUGCUAAUAUCACACACACAGACUGACCUUUUAGCCAAGUCAUUUCUAGACUUUGAGUGGUAAAAUCUGCUUGACAUUUUGCAAUGAAAAACUGCUUCCAACAGCUUUUGAUAUGCAUAGACAACUCUGUAAAAACAACACAACUUGUCUGCAUAUUGUUAUUGAUCUGUUUGCAAGAGCAGCUUGAUUUCUGUCAGCCUGGGACAUGAAACAUUGAAAUAUUUAGACUUUCAUUUGUGACAUCACUGAAUUUCAAACAUGUUUGAC